ACUACUCAAACAAAGUAUGUGACCUCCUGGCAGUGCAACUGCUUGCUUCUGGCGCUGUGAUGCUUCGACAAGUCUACUUCUUCUUCUCCAAUCCACAUCAGAGCUGAAUAAUCAUCUGCACUUGCCCCGGUAUUCCAUCUGUCCCGGACACCCGGGCCGAACCCCGUCGCCAUGGACUUCGCAUCUCUCAUGUCCAAAGAGAUCGCGAAAACAAACCCCAAAUCUGAGGAUGCUCCUUCCAAGCCCACCAAGUACAUGCGGCGCGCCGAAGUGGAGGCCGAAAGGCAAAGGGCAUAUCUAGCAGAGCAGAAAGAGCUUGACGAGAAGCGCCUCGCCAGAGCUGCAGAAAAGCGCAAGCGCGACGAAGACGCCGAGGAGGAGGCACGUCUACGAGAUGAGAAGCGUCGCAGGAUGGAGGAAGACACCAGGAGACGCCGUGAAGAGGCCGCCAAGGAGGAAGAGAGAAAACGAAGGAAGCGGCUAGGACUGCCAGAACUGAGAGAGGAGGACAGCGCAGAGCCCUCCGACGAUGGCGACGGCGACGACGACCUCCCGCCCCAAGAGCUAGUCAACAAGCUGAGAGCCCUUGGCGAACCGGCGACGCUGUUUGGAGAGACACACAAGGCCCGCCUGCGGCGCUAUACGAGACUGACGACUGUCAUGACCAAGGGCCCCAUCCCGACAACGCUCCAGCUGCUAGAGGAGAAGGACAUGAAGGUCGACGGCGACAUGCCGCAGAGCAAGGAGGCCCGGAAGCUCCUCUUCCGACAACUGGCUUCCUACUUCACCAUGGUGCUCCGAGAGUGGCAGCUGGCCCUUGCCCAGGAGGAGAGGAGGGACACAUUCGAGAGCAAGGCCGCUUUCAACGCCAUGACCCAGAGUCGCGAAAACAUGGUGCCGCUGUUUCGCAAGCUUGAGAAAGGCGAUCUUGACGAUGAUAUCAUCAAACCUGUGAUCGAGAUCGUGAAGGCUGCACAGGAGAGGCGAUAUGUGGAUGCAAACGACGGCUAUCUACGCUUGAGUAUUGGAAAGGCGGCUUGGCCCAUUGGUGUCACCAUGGUGGGUAUCCACGAACGUAGCGCCAGAGAGAAGCUUCAUAACGGAGAGAGAGGACAUGUCAUGGGCGACGAGGUCACGAGGAAAUAUCUCCAAAGUAUCAAGCGUUGCCUUACCUUUGCCCAGGUAAGGUGGCCGCCGGAAGAUGUUAGACAGCUGAUGGGCUAGAUGAAUCAGAAGACCCAUGAAUAGAAGAAGCAAUUGAUCAGUCGCUGGUCAACAAUAAACCAUUGUGCUCAGCAGCUAAGAAUUGGGGGGGUUUUCCCCCCGGUACCCUGCCAGUAACGGGAAGCCAAGU